GCUAGCUUGCUAAGUGGUUCACGACUAUGUCCGGGGAGCGAGCACCUUUGCCAGCCGGGGGGAACGGCUUACUCCGCGGGGGGCGCACGAGGUCUUACGGCAGUUUGGUCCAUUCUCCGCUCUCUCCGGUUCGCCAGAGACGCAUUGAACACAACAUUCAGCCAGGAGAAACACUACAAGGCUUGGCCCUGAAAUAUGGAGUGUCUAUGGAGCAGAUCAAAAGAGUGAACAGGCUGUACACCAAUGACUCGAUAUUCCUGAAAAAGUCCCUGUUAAUCCCUGUGCUGUCAGACUUGGACCACUGUAAUAACGGGGUGGAUUCGGUUGAAGAGAACAGUGAAGAAGACUGUGCCUCUGCUCAAAAUGGGCACACGGGGAGCUCCUCUGAGAGGAAGCAAAAUGAUGGCAAAGAAAGGAUGUCAGACCUUACUCCAGUGGAUUUUUUGAAAAGGUUGGAUGGCUUGAUAAGUCAGUCCAAGCAGGCUGCUGUCAAAGGAUGCCAGGAAGCAGAGCAAAGGGUUGCCGCCCUAGAAGCAGCUUGCACCAGCAGGACAUCAGACUGUCGGCCGCUUACAAGGUCGCAAAGUGUCAUUUUGUCUUCCAGAAUGCAGCAGCAGCAGCAGGCAUCCCAUGUGGCAGUACCCCUAACUAUCACCAAACUUACCAAGAAACUGAGAGACCGCGAAGAUGAGAUCUUCCAGCUGUGACAUGUUGUUCUUGCCGUCACACUCUUGAUCAUUAAAGAAACUUUCCCAGAAAGCCACAUCGCAUGGUUUGGCCUGCAGGAUAAUAGAGCAUUAUAGAUAAAGUGAUCCUGCUGCUGAAUGGACUUAAAAGUAUUUUCAUUAUUUUCCGUUUCAUUUAAACCUUUUCUUUUGAAAGGUUUUUGAAAAUGAA